AUGUACGACGACUUCCACAAAUGCAACACCAUCCUCAGUGACGGAGUCAUCUUCCCUGCCAACGGCAGAAUCGCCGGCUACUGCGACUUUCCCGGUUCCCACAGUCUCUUCUGCACCUUCGGCGUCGUUACCUGUAUCUACAAAAGCACGUCUUACCACGGCGGCUUUACGCGCGCCUACGCCUUCUCCUUCGGGGUCCAUGACCGCUGA